UAGCUUCUCCACCACCUUCCACGCAUUCACGAUCAGGCGACCCCUUCCCUCGACCGUCCUCUGCGGCUUAUGAAGCAGCGGGUCAAACAACGACGCUAACGCUGGAGCUAUAAUAUCAACAACGGGGGCUCCCGUAUAAAACGCCGCAGCAGCCGACAGCGCAGUUUGAUCACUUGCGACUCUCCCUCUGAAACGACUUUGUUUCUGGAGACGUGUAAAUUGAUACACCGACUAAAAAGCCCACUGACGCUGCAUAUCCGCCAAAAAAAAAACCCAAACAAAUAUGGUGCAAAACAAGAUGACCGAAGUCACUGGAUUCCAUCGCUCCUUCAAGGUCCAAAAUCCCUUUGAAUCUGAUGACUUCACCAAAAAUGGAUCCCAUCUUCUGGAUUCGUCAUUUAAUUUUGAUUCCUCCCCAAGACAUGACAUGCCCUCCAGCCAGCCUAUUGACAUCCCCGAUGCCAAGAAGAGAAACAAGAAGAAAAAGCGUUGCAGGGCAACGGACAGUUUCUCUGGACGAUUCGAGGAUGUCUACAGGCUGCAUGAAGAGCUACUAGGAGAAGGUGCUUAUGCCAGAGUGCAAACAUGCUUCAACCUCAUCACCAACAAAGAGUAUGCUGUGAAGAUCAUUGAGAAGCGACCGGGUCACAGCCGAAACCGUGUCUUCCGUGAGGUUGAGAUGCUCUAUCAGUGCCAGGGCCACAGUAACAUCCUGGAGCUGGUGGAGUUCUUCGAAGAGGAAGACAAAUUCUACCUGGUGUUUGAAAAGCUUAGAGGAGGGUCUAUCUUGGCGCAUAUCCACAAGAGACGGUACUUCAGUGAGCAGGAAGCUAGUGUUGUUGUGCAGGACAUCGCCAGUGCUCUAGAUUUCCUGCAUAACAAGGGAAUGGCACACAGAGACCUGAAACCUGAGAACAUUCUCUGCAAGAGUGCAGACAAGAUUUCCCCAGUCAAGAUCUGUGACUUCGACCUUGGCAGUGGGAUCAAGCUGAACAGCGACAGCUCGCCAAUCUCCACCCCUGAGCUCCUCACCCCCUGUGGCUCAGCAGAGUACAUGGCACCCGAGGUGGUUGAGGCGUUCAGUGAGGAGGCCACAAUUUACGACAAGCGCUGCGACCUGUGGAGCCUUGGGGUCAUCCUCUACAUCAUGCUGAGUGGCUACCCUCCCUUUGUAGGCCGCUGUGGAGGUGACUGUGGCUGGGAAUUAGGGGAGCCAUGCCACACCUGCCAGAACACACUCUUUGAGAGUAUCCAGGAAGGAAAAUAUGAGUUUCCAGAGAAAGACUGGGCUCACAUCUCCUCAAGUGCCAAAGACCUAAUCUCCAAACUCCUGGUUAGAGAUGCCAAAAACCGCCUGAGUGCCCGCCAGGUGCUGCACCACCCCUGGGUCCAGGGGGGUGCGUGUGACACUUUACCAACAUCCAUUCUGCAUCAAAGAUCCAGCAAAGCCAGGGAUCUUACAUUCUUUGCUGACAAGGCCAUGGCCGUAAACCGGCAGCUGGCUGAACAAGAUGGCAUAGACGACCAGCAGCACCAGGAAGUCCCGUUCGUCGUUACCGCUACUGGCUCCUCCAUGCGCCUCUCCCUUCUUUCCAACUCCAGGCUGGCCCGGCGCAGGCAGCAACCCAGCCAGCAACCCAGCCAGCUCAAGACGGGGCCCGUCUCUGCCGCAGAGCUUCGUCAACUCUUGGCCCCUCUCGUUAUUGUGGGAGAUUGUGCCUGAUCUUUGUCAAUCGUGACCUCCGACCUUCCGUUAAGAUUUAAGCCCCCCCCCCAUCUAAGACUCUUUGUCCCCAAUGCUGGCCCCCCUCUCUCCCUCUAGCUGGCCUUGGUUCCUCUGUCACUCAGGCUCUCUCGCCUCGCUGUAAAGGGAGAUGCUGCUCGCAGUCCUUCCUCUAAAUGCCUUCUACAGCACUUCUGAAGCACAUCAGCCCAGGGCCUGCACGCACAUGCACACACACACGCAUACAAACACAUGCAUGUCAAGGUUGGGAGGAGGGCCAGUUCAUGAUUUGAGAGCAGUUUUUUGUUUUCAUAAAACUCAGUUCAGAAGUAAGCAGACCACUUAUCUUCAAAACUAAGCUUGGACACCAAAGGACAACCUUUUGUGCUGCUCCCACGUUACAACUGGAUCCACUGUGAAUUAAGUUAUCUGGAACGUUUCUUUGCCUGUAUGUAUAUACAAUGGCCCAUCUGCACAUAGGUACAAGCUUAUGCAAUAUGCCAACAUGAAGGCUGUUCUCGUCUCGAAAGGGAUUCAGUACAAGAGGGUUUGAAGGGCUGUAAGCCGAUGCUGUCCGUGCCUGGUGCAGAGCAUUAAUGUGGCUGGGGACUUCAAAGCUUUUUGUUUCCAUUUAAGAUAAAUUCCUCAUCGCUGAGCCUCCUCCUGUAAAUGUCUGAGAUAAAACCAAGCACUCAUCUAGCUUAGUGUCCCUGCACUUAAUGCUCCGAGAGCAAAGAAUGUCUACCCAGCCAUGACUUCUGCUGCAACCAUUCAUACAGUUUUUCACAUGAAUAUAUAUAUAUAUAUAUAUGCCAAAUUAUCUGUGGCUAAAUCUUUCAGUGUUUGAGACCAGUCAAGUUGAAUGGUAUUGAAUUAAGCUGUUUUACUUGUAUUACGAUGUAUGGUUGGAACAAGUUUAAUGUUAAAUGGCUUUGUACGUGAAUUUGGUUCUGUUACUUUCAUUGUAAUUCAUUUCCUGUCCCCUUUCCAUAACCAGAACUUGUAUAAUUUUUUUUUGUUUAGUUUUUGCGCCUACAAAUUAAUUAAUUUAUGCAUUAGAUUUCACCCUGACUAUUUGACAGUAAAUGUUAAAUGUUUCAGGGGUUUAAAAGCCCAUUUUGGCCAACAUGACCCAUGUGUCUGUAUGAAUGCGCAUUACAAAAAUUAGAAGCAAAUGAGAUUUUUCAAAAGAGAAACAAAAGGAAAAACAUUCCAGAAAAAUAAUAAAGUCUUCUAUAGACAUGUAGCUGUAUUAAGUUUACGUUAUUUUUCAGGAAACUCCAUUUCAUUGUGCCACUUUUUUUUUCUUUUUUGUAUGUAUGGUUAAGCUUUUUGAAACUUUUUUUUUUUUUUGUUCAAUUUUUUUAACGAGUUCAAGUGAAACACCGGAUGUUUUCCUUUAUGUAUUUUUUUUGUUUUUAAACGUUCAGAGUAUGAUGUAUGAGGUGUGGAAAGCGUUUAGUGGUUCUGGAGCGUUCUUGCCCAGUUAAAGCUAAAGUUUAAGUUUAAUUUUUGUUUGAGAGUUGGCAAUAUUUUUUUUUCUUUAAAUCUUUGUUUUAAUUGGAUUUUUUUUUAUUUUUUGGGGGGGUUGAAGCUCACUCUAUAAUGGCCAGGAAAUAGACUGAUGAUGAGGUCGUCUCACAACACUUUAGCAAUGUCACCAAAGAGGGUUCCAGUCAUGACAUUGAACAUGCGAUCUUUACCGCGCAGUGGAAGUGGGGACUUCUGAUUGUCCAUGCCCUGUUGCCACAAUGCAGCACCGGUACUCAAACUUGUUCUCUUGGUGUUAAUAUGCUGAUGGUGAUGACACACUGUAAUAAUUCUACAGAUGCGUCAUUACGGGAGUUUUAUGUCUUAUAAUAAGACUUACUUGAAUGUGUCUGCAGCUGUUUUUUUUUUCAUUUGGGAAACUACUUUGCUCCCACUAAUCUCACAGCAUUAAGCUGAUCAAGGCAAUCUUUGGGUUUAGAAAAUACCUAUACAGUUCAGUAUUCUGCCUUUUUCCUCCCCAUUGCGCAUCAAACGAGUUGGUUCUUACCUUUUUUUGAUAGGGUUAGAAACUCAAAUGCACAGAUAUUGGCCAUACUCCGUAAUAUCCCAAUGAUAUGAGAGUUUUCUUGGUCAUGACCAUUUCUACUUUUGUCAAAUGGCAGUAGCUUUUUGGACUGCCUUUUAUUGGGGAUGGGGGGGGGGGGAUAAAGUUGUAUCCUUAAGCCUUUUAUAUUGUAUGUCUAAGGAAGUGUUCUAUCCUGUCAUUCGAACAGACUGUCCAUCAACCACCCCACCACCAUUUGAAUGUAGCCCACAGGCAAAAGCAUUUACAAUCCAGCAACAUUGAUCCAAUGUUUUCUAAGUGGUUCAUUUCAUAAAUAUGGUGUGGGGUUAUUCGGUUGAUUCAGUCCUCGAUUCUUUAUUUUGAAUGAGUGGAUAUUUUAACACUGAGUUACCCCAAGACCGUAGUGUUCAUGGGUAAAAAUUUAAAAUACAUACAUCCUUUAAUACAAAAAUAUUUUUGAUUUAAGAAAAGCACUUUACUGUACCACGCAAGUGAUUGCAGUUCACUCAAGGCAACAUUGUUGACAGUUGCUACAGAAUUUUUGUAUUGUUUUUCAAAAAAAAAAAAAAAAUGCAAUAAAACGCUUUGAACUA